AUGUCCAAAAUUCUUACCGUCUUCGGAGCCACCGGAAACCAGGGUGGCUCGGUCAUCAAGGCCAUCCUGGCCGAUCCGGCUCUCUCCAAGCAGUUCAAAAUCCGAGGUGUCACCCGCGAUCCCAGCAAGCCGUCUUCGCAGAAGUUGGUGGCUGCUGGAGUGGAGGUUGUUUCGGCCGAUAUCUCAUCUGUCGAGGGAGCUCUCCGCGCUGUUUCUGGCGCCCACACCGUCUUUCUAGUGACAAACUUCUGGGAGUCCAUGAAGAAGGAGGUUGAAUUAUCUCAGGGCAAGGCAGUGACUGAGGCAUGCAAGCAAGCUGGGGUGCAGCAUCUCAUCUUUUCCUCGUUGCGGAAUGUGACUGAGAUCAGUAACGGCCGUCUGCCGAACGUGACUCACUUUGAUGGCAAGGCCGAGAUUGAAGACUAUAUCAGGGCCAGCGGCAUCUCGUCCACAUUUGUCCUGCCCGGCCUGUUCAUGUCCAAUUUCUUCGAGUUCUUUAACAAGCAGGGUGACACUUACACGCUUGCGUGGCCGGUGAACUUGGAGAAAGCCCGCGUGCCGCUCUUUGACGCGGCCCAGGAUACUGGCAAAUUUGUGAAAGCUGCCAUAUCCAACUGGCCGUCAACCGCCGGACAGCGGAUCCUCGCCGCCACCGACUAUUACUCGCCGAAGAGAAUCGUGGACGAGUUCCAACAGGUCACCGGCUACAAGGCGCAGGCAGUGGAGGUUCCGUCGGAGACCUUCAAAUCCUUCCUUCCUGAACCCAUCGCGCAGGAGAUGCUGGAGAAUAUCCAGUUGUUGGAAGACCCGGGAUAUUUUGCCGGCGAGUCUUUGGAGCCGUCACUGAAAUUGCUGGACUCAAAGCCGACGCUGUGGGAGGAGUUCGUGAAGCAGAACAAGGAGAAGUUCUAA